AUGUAUCAAAAAAUUAAAAAUCCUCUUCAUCAAUGUGGCAGUCUUGAUAUCCAUAAAGGAAUUGGUAAAUUACCAAAACCAAAAUCAGGUUUCACACUUCCUGGACAUAAAUACACAGGAACAUACAACCCACUUGGCAAAGAACUGAGAUAUGAUAAAGAUGAUGAGAUCUAUGACAAGCCAAGUGGGAAAACAAAUGCCACUGCAAUGCAACAUGAUGUUAACUAUUCUGCGUGCAAAGAUGACAAAAAAUGUAAAAAUAAAGCAGAUAGAAAAAUGGUGAAAGCACUUGAUGCAGUACCUUAU